GGCAAAGCACUGACAUUGGAACAGGUGUUCAAUUUACUGCAACUCACAUCCUAUGACCUGAGCGUUGAUAUGUUGGACGUUCACGCCGACAGAAACACGUUCCACAGGUUCGACAAAUUCAACACCAAAUACAAUCCCAUUGGUGAGAGUCGGCUCCGGGAGAUAUUCCUCAAAACCGAUAACUUUAUUCAUGGCGUCUAUUAUGCAGAGAUUCUUAAGGAAGUGAUGAUGGAUUUGGAGGAAUCCAAGUACCAACAGGCAGAGCUCAGACUGUCGAUUUAUGGUCGAAAGCGCGAUGAAUGGGAGACUUUGGCCAAAUGGGCGCUUAAGAACAAUGUCUAUUCAGAUACUGUUCGAUGGGUUAUCCAAAUACCAAGACUUUACGAUAUAUAUCGUGCCAACAAAUUGGUUGAGAACUUCGAGCAAAUGUUGGAAAACCUGUUCCUUCCCUUAUUCGAGGCCACAAGUAAUCCCAACUCUCAUCCGGAACUCCACUGCUUUCUUCAAUAUGUCAUUGGAUUCGAUUCAGUGGACGACGAGUCCAAACAUGAGAACCCGUUGUUUGAUAAAGAGAUACCACUCCCUCCCAAAUGGACCGAUGGGGAGAACCCUCCAUACAAUUAUUAUCUCUACUAUAUGUACGCAAACAUGUGUGUUCUCAACCACUUUAGAAAAGAGCGAGGCUUUAAUACAUUCGUAUUGCGUCCGCAUUGCGGAGAAGCCGGAAAUAUUCAGCAUUUAGUCGGAGGCUUUCUUUUGAGUGAAAACAUAUCUCAUGGACUGUCACUACGCAAAGUGCCAGUCCUUCAGUAUCUCUACUAUUUGGCACAAAUUGGGAUCGCAAUGAGUCCGCUUUCCAACAACAGUCUGUUUCUCAAUUAUCACAGAAACCCUUUGCCUGAGUUCUUAUAUCGCGGUCUCUGUGUCUCACUCUCUACUGACGACCCCUUGCAGUUCCACUUCACUAAAGAACCAUUGAUGGAAGAGUACUCUAUCGCAGCUCAGGUAUGGAAACUGAGCAGUUGUGAUAUGUGUGAGUUGGCCCUCAAUAGUGUCAUAAUGUCGGGCUUUCCUCACGAGUUUAAGCAGCACUGGAUUGGACCCAAUUAUAGGGCCGAAGGGGUGGCCGGCAAUGAUAUUAGGCGCACGAAUGUGCCGGGGAUUCGCAUUCUCUAUAGACACGAGACCCUAAUGAAUGAGUUGAACAAUAUCUUCAAAAUGGUCUGAUUUACGACUCAUUACUUGUUUCUCUCGCAUAUUACUGUUCAGUCAAAUUGCUUUACAUUUAUUUAACCCCAACAACAGACUAACCAUUUAUAGUGAACCAGUCAGUGCUCAUACUGUAUACCCGAUUGAGAUUUGUUUCCAUUGGUAUGAUUAAAUAAAACUCACCUAUUUACAAACCCUGUGAUUACGU